AUGGAGCCGGGCUCGACGGUGGCAUCUGGGACGUUAACGGCCAGAGAGGGCUGUCUGAGACCCCUGUGCAGCUACCAGCACAUCCAGGAGGAGCUGGUGCCAUCCCGCCAUGGCCUGGAUCCCUCCAUGCCCCCCUGCCACUGGGGCCCGGAGCCUGGCACUGUGCCCACGGCCCAGGGCUGGGUGGGACCCCAGCGCACCUUGGGCUACCCUGCCCCCAGCACGACACAUGUGGCCUUCAAGUUCCUAAACAUGGAGGUUGAGGUGGAAGAGAAAAACAAGAAGAACGUUGCAGCACCUGAUAACAUCAGUGGAGAAUUUGUCCCCAGACAUGCUCAGCGUGCCUCAGGCUCCCAGCUACAAGGGCUGGCACUGGAUGCAGACUCCUCUGACCCCAGAGAGACAAUGGUGGAGAUGGUGACAGGGACUGACCCUGCAGAGGUCUCUAUGAAUCUGGGUGCUGCGGCAGCCCCAGUCCCCACUGAGGCACUGAGAGCCCAGAGUGAGGCCGUGGUGUGUGGCAUCUGCAUGGACAGGGUGUACGAGAAGCCACUGCCAGAAGAGCGGCUCUUUGGGAUCCUCCCGAACUGCAGCCAUGCGUACUGCGUGGGAUGCAUCCGCAAGUGGCGUCGCAGCCGGGACUUCCAGAGCACAGUCAUAAAGGCCUGCCCAGAGUGCCGGAUCACUUCCAGUUACUAUAUUCCCCACAAAUACUGGAUCUCGGAUGUGGGUGAGAAGGAGAAGCUCAUCAGAACCUUCAAGGCACGGACGGGGAAAAUCAGAUGUAAAUUCUUUGUUCGGAACCGUGGCCACUGCCCGUUCAGGUCUGACUGCAUCUACCUGCACGAGCUGCCCACCAGCCAGCUGCCAAGGCACAGACAGCAGCGGCUGAGGAUGCCCACUGAGUUCAACCCUUCUUCCUCGGAGAGCUCUGGCGAGGAGGAUGAGGAGCUCUGCAUGCUCGAGUUGGCUCUCACCUUGACGGAAUUUCACUACUCAAGUUAUGGCCACGAGAUGUUUCUCAUUGACUUCAGCAACUCGGACUGAGCCGUGGGGGGGGUCACACUGGGCCUAGGUGAUGCUGGUGGCAUCUCUGGGAGGGGGAAUCAUCUGGUUUUGACUUCCAGCAUUGUUUUGGAGUGGCUCUGGGCAUAGGCGGUGCUGCAGGGAGGGGGUGGGAUGGGGAAGCGGUCUGG